AUGUACAAAUCAUUUUGUGGUCUUGGAAUACCUUUUGCUCUUGAUCGAAUCGAAGUUCCAAGUAUCGUUGAAAUAAAAAAACGAAGCGCUUUAUUAGAAGAGCUUGAAAACACAAUAAAAGAAAAGGCAAGCGAUGCAAGUGAUAUGGCUAAGAAAGUAGUGAAUAAGCAAAAGUGA